CACAGGAGCGGGAGCACACAGACCAGGAACUGAGAAGGGACAAGCACAUGGAAGCCAGCCCAGCAUCUGGGCCCAGACACUUGAUGGAUCCACACGUAUUCACUUCCAACUUUAACAAUGGCAUUGGAAGGCAUAAGACCUACCUGUGCUACGAGGUGGAGCACCUGGACAAUGGCACAUGGGUCAAGAUGGACCAGCACAGGGGCUUUCUACACAACCAGGCUAGGAAUCCUCUCUAUGGCUUGGACGGCCGCCAUGCGGAGCUGCGCUUCCUGGACCUGGUUCCUUAUUGGCAGUUGGACCCGGCCCAGAUCUACAGGGUCACUUGGUUCAUCUCCUGGAGCCCCUGCUUCUCCUGGGGCUGUGCCAGGCAAGUGCGUGCAUUCCUUCAGGAGAACACACACGUGAGACUGCGCAUCUUCGCUGCCCGCAUCUAUGAUUACGACCCCCUAUAUAAGGAGGCGCUGCAAAUGCUGCGGGAUGCUGGGGCCCAAGUCUCCAUCAUGACCUACGAUGAAUUUCAGCACUGCUGGGACACCUUUGUGGACCACCAGGGACGUCGCUUCCUGCCCUGGAUUCGACUACAUGAGCACAGCGAAGCCCUGAGUGGGAGGCUGCGGGCCAUUCUUCUGAAUCAGGGAAACUGAAGGAUGGGCCUCAGUCUCUAAGGAAGGCAGAGACCUGGGUUGAGCAGCAGAGGAAAAGAUCUUCUUCCAAGAAAUGCGAACAGGCCGUUCACCACCAUCUCCAGCUG